AUGCAGUUAUUUUUAUACUUCAUAGCCCUAGUGGCAGCCACAACAGCAAGGCAAUUGCAAAAUGGACCUCAAGUCCUUUCUGAAAAAUCAUCUUCCAACUCUGCAAACCAAAAAAUCGAUAAAAGAUUUGUGACUCAAGAAUUUAAUUUCUAUCUAACACCGGAAGAGAUACAAGCUUUGCGAGGGGUGAAAUCAUCUCAAAAUUCAGUUUCGAUUGAAUCCUUGAAACAGAAUUCAGAUGAAGAACAAGAAGCUUUCAAUCAACAGCUUCAAAACUUUAUUGCUGAGAAUCUAAAACCUGCACCUAUCGAAGAACCACAGGUAGAAGAACCAGUCGCUCCAAAUGUCUUUUUACCUAGAGAGGAAUCAGUUUACAAUAAUCAACAGAAAAAUAACUUCGUCGGUGCUUAUGCACAGCUUCUUAGAGAUCAAGCUAAAUUAUCAGGACAGGCACAAAAUGUGCAGGUACAGAAUUUACAGGUACAGAAUGUACAGAAGAAUCCAAUCCAAAGCCAGGAGUUCGUCCAAGCUUCUCCAAAUGUUUACAUUUUGGAUAAAGAGCAAGAAGAAAAAUUAUUACACGACCAGCUUAACAAACAAUGGAACCGUAUUUUAGACCACAAUCGCGCUCAAUUAAAGGCCUUAUCGUCUGAACAAAAACAAAACGAGAGAGGAAAUGUUGAACAAGUUCAAGCUGUAAGACAGGAGCAACAGAACUCUAAUAAAAAUAAUAAUGAAAAGUCGGAGUUAGAGAAAGAAAUCGAGAAUAUUUGGAGGCAGCACCAAGCUUUCGGUUUUGAAAAUUCAAACUUGCCCGUGGAAGUGGUUAAGCAAAGUGACGAAAAAGAUAAACAAGAGGUGGAAAAAGAAAUUGAAUAUAUCUUAAGAAACCACCAAGCUUUCGAAUUUGCGAAGUCUAAUGUAGCCAAAGAAAGAAAUGUUCAGAAUCAAGGUAAAAAUGUUGAACAGUCUGAAAUAGAAAGACAGAUUCAAAACUUAUAUAGAAAUCAACAAGGUUACCCCGUUGAGGUGAACAAAAGAGAAAGAGAAGAAAGACAGCAACAAUCGGAAGUAGAGAAACAGAUCGAAUUUAUCCUCAACAGCCGUCAAACAGAAUUUGUGAAAUCAGACGGUGGAGCCAAUAAUCAGAAAUCUAUCGAACAGAAUCAGUCUGACGUGGAAAAACAAAUCGACAGCAUCUUCAGAAGACAUCAGGAAUUCGAGCUUGAAAAAUCGAAAUCCACUGCCAAGGAGAUCAGUCAAAGUCCACCAAUCCUGAUUCACAAGCACGUCACAAUCACCAAACAUCUGCCUGUGCCAGUCGUAAAGAAUGUACAAGUAUCUGUACCAACGCCAGUUCUCGUGCCUGUUCCAGAGCCCUACGAGGUAAAAGUACCCCACUUAUACCCCGUACCCUUGGAAGUGGUCAAACACAUUCCUGUCCCCGUAAUAAGACAUUAG